AUGUCGAUCUCCGCAAGCGUUAUGAUGCCCACGGCAAGGAAGAGGCGAUUCCCGACCAUGGUUUCGGAUCCGAACGAGUUCUUUGGUAUGAUAUUCGGCGGCGAUGCUUUCCACGACCUUAUCGGCGAAAUUUCGCUCCUUCAAGACCUUACCACCCGAAUGGAAAUCACAACGGAGGAAGCGGAGGAAGACCUCGCCGCAACCACGGAAGAGAAGCUCAAUAUCAACGAACAGGAGGCCAAGGCCGCUGGCGGAAGCCCUGCUGCUACUUCCGGUUCUACUCCCGCAGGCGCCCCCGCGGCCACGCCCUCGGCUUCAGGCUCCGGUACCAGUACCCCUCGCCGUUAUCUCGGCCAGCACGCUCUCACGGAUAAGUCGGAUGAGGAAAUUAGAAUGCAGGCGGCCGAUGUAUCACAAGAGGAACGCGAGUUGCGGAAGAAGGAGAAGAAGAAGGGUGGCUUGACCCGCGAACAAGCCGAGAAGCUUGAAGCUUUUGAGCGCGAACGAGCCAAAGCACGCGAGGAGCGAGUUGAGAUGCUGGCGACAAAGCUUAUCGACAAGAUUAGCGUUUGGACCGAGACAGACAAGGGUGCCGACGUCACGCGGGCUUUUGAGGAGAAGAUCCGUCUUGAAGUCGAAAACCUGAAGAUUCAGUCCUUUGGUAUCGAGAUUCUCCACGCCAUCGGCGCCACAUACGUAUCAAAGGCCACAUCCUUCCUCAAAUCACAAAAGUUCCUCGGCAUUUCCGGCUUCUUCUCCAGACUCAAGGACAAGGGCACCCUCGCCAAGGAAGCCUGGACCACUAUUUCUACUGUCAUCGACGCCCAGCUGACGAUGGAGGAAAUGGCCAAACUUGAAGAGAAGGGAGGAGAGAACUGGACGGACGAAAUGAGGGCAGAGUACUCCGUGAAGGUAACAGGAAAGUUACUCGCAGCCGCCUGGCGUGGCAGCAAGCUUGAGAUCCAGAGCGUUCUACGCGACGUCUGCGAUAAGGUUCUGCUUGACAAGAAAAUCAAGCUCGAGAAACGUGUUGAGCGGGCUCACGCUAUGAUCAUUGCCGGCAAUAUCUAUUCCAAGGCCGAACGUGACCCCGACGAGGAAGGAGACUUCAUGGCCUUUGAGCAGCUCAUGACAGACGCCAUGUCAAAGAAGGGCAAAGAUAAGAAGAAAGACAAGAAGCACGCUCAUGCCACAGCAGGGGCCUCUAGCACCCCGAAAGCCGAGUCGUAA